CCUCGGCCCUCGAACAGAACCUGACACGAUUCAGGAACCUCUUGCAUGAAGAUGGCAGUAGUGAACAGUCUACAGCAGCAAGGGAUGUUACAGCGGACAACGCACGUGCGGACAGCGUUACGAGCAGUCAUACACGAACUACUGGUUAACCACCUUCGUGACGGGGGAGACAUGAACUCUUUCCUGGAGAUGCUUGCCAGGGACUAUGACACUGCGUGGUGGAGCUCGAGUAUGGUCAAUCAGAUGAUGUGUGCCGUCAUGCGCGUGAAGAAUCCGCAAGCUAGGGACCAAUUAUUCCAAUUCUGCAGGCAGAAUGGAAUCCGGAUAGAGCCCUACACCUUUCUUCUUUUCGUGAGCACAUGUAACAAGGGCAAUAUCAUUCAAGCGUUACGAUACUUGCAUCAGACCAUGGAUGAUCCGAUGAGAGACCUCAAUGUCGCCGGCUGGACGCGACUCUUUUUGCAUGCAUGGCACGGCGGGUACUUCAACAUCAGCCGUGUCAUUUGGCGUUAUGCUUGUAUGAGAGGACAUGCCCAUCGGAUUGCCGAGAGGGUCUAUGGAUCCCUGUUGUACGAAGCUGGGCCGGAGACAACCUUCCACAAGGCCAUUGCGGCGCGGCUCAUUCUCGGGAUUGAUCUGGGAAUGCCCAGACCCACCAAAGCCGAUGUCUCCUAUGACUUGGCAGGGCUGCCGACUGAGUUUUCCGACGACCCCAUGAGGUACAUUUGCACCAAGGUGGAUGCCAACGAUCGUGACAACCAGCUAAAUGUCAGCGAGGCGAUCCUUGCUCGCGAUCAGAAAGUGGCGCGCGUCUACGCACCUCGCGUGCCAUUUCUAACGAUGCUUGAUGCGGCGACAUUUGUGGAUCUUGAAUGGAAGGAGAUGUCUCGCGAGGCGCCUCUGACUCUCGAAUGGAUGCGAGACAAUAUCGUCUCUGUCGAGUUGGUCGCCCGGGGUGCCAAAUUCAAGAACAGGCAGAAGCCGCGGCAGCAGCGGCCGUGGCGGCGGCGGUGAUGUGCGCCUUGAUCUGGAACCGCGUCGUUGUCUGCUUUUGCCUUCUAUAUUGCCGUGGAUCACCUUUUUGUUUCUGAUGGUUCGUGGUGUUGGCUUUUCUUCUUGUCUGUAUUAUUAGGGAUACCCUUUGCCUACGAAUGUCCGUACUGUUCUAUCAUACCCCCUCCUCGACCUCCUCACUCCUCAUCUCUUGGCCUUUGGCGACCAUGUAUAUAAAUAGUGUACACCACUGAGUGGCAUUGACAAGCCAUGAUUGUU